AUGUCUUUGUUGCCUCUUUUUGCAGUUCUCACUGGCAAUGAUUACAUCAGCCUACCAGCUUUGGAGACCUUUUUUAGUAGGGUUCAUUUUCCGUUAGGAAAUGUGAGUCACACUGGCCGGAAACAUUUUCGGAUUCAAGGCCUAUUAAAUUGGCUGUCUAGAUUUGCAAAUGUAGAGGAAGCCAUGGAGAAUGUGCUGAAGUAUCUUAACCUGAAGGAUCAGGAGUCAGUCAGACAGCUCCUUUAUUCAGCCAUGGAAGAGUAUGACCUCAGUGACACAGUCAACCUCGAGACAUUUUUUCAUGGAGGUUUGUAUGUUUCUCCCACUGCAGUGCAGCUGAACUUGCCAGAUUGGGUACAAAACGCUUUAGCAAAAGGUGCUCUCUCUCCACUGCUGAGUGAUGCUUUGGUACUAAAGAGAGUAUUUCUUCAUGCACAGGUUGAGGACUUUAGGAGGAUAUCUGCCCACAAUGUAACACAGCCUAUUCGUAAAGUUAUCUAUGCACUCCUACUGAACAUGUACCAGAGCUCACAAGCUGAACUUCAAGAAAAUAAGAGGAAUAUGCACAUAUUUGUUGAAGAGUUUGACAGAUUGGAGACUAAUCUGAGAAGAUCAAGAGUAGAGAUUAGUUUUAUUUCUGAAGAUAGUAAUGAAGAUCUUUCACUUCAGAAUCUUCCAGGGGUAAGGUACUGGAGCUGA